GAUCGCGAACACUCAUAACGUCAAGAGCAGCUGAACGGCACAGUCGUUCUCUCUUAGGAUUGCCACAGAGACGACCGCGAGGCGCUCGUCACCAUGAAGGACCUCGGCUUGUUCUUCGUGUGCUUGGUGUCUUUGAUGUCCCCCGAAUUUUCGUAUGGCGACGUUCCGGUUAUGGAGAAUCACUACAUGCUGAACCCGGUGGACCCGAACCUAAUUCACCCUGGACUCCAUGACCGGGAAACCCGAAAGCCAGCCGAAGCCAUCACAUGGACGUCGCCAACACCAACACCAACUCCAAAGCAAGCGUACCCAUCCGUAAACGACAUCAAAGGACCCCAUUUUCUCCCUCGAAACUUCACGGCGGCUCUAGACAAACAAAACUGCGAAGACGAGACUGCCAAGAAUCGCACGGCCAGCGUCCGUAUCUCUUGGUCUGCUCCCCAGAACAAGACCUUCAAAGUCGACAGCUAUGUCGUGCACGUGAGAGGCGUGAACGGCGAUCAAGACUACAUGGUUAUAAUAAACGGUAGCGAAGAGUCAAACGAGGUUACCGAGGACCUAAAAUGCGGCCUACUUUACGUUUUCAACGUGCAAGCCCAGUACAAGAUUGAACGAAAAUCCGCCGCGGGAAAGACAGACUUCGCCUACGUACGCACGCCGAAAGAAAUUGCCACACUGUACACCGACAGAAGGAGCGACAUCUACGCGCCGCGAGACUUGAAGAUGAAAGUGGUCUAUGCCUCCUGUGGCGAGGAAAGUUGGAUUAGGACCGCAAGCAUCAUACUUCGGUGGACUCCGCCAGAGAACACGAGCGUUCCGGUGCACAGCUACAUCGCAAACGCCAUCAACGUGGACGACGGCAGGACCGACAAUAACAUAAUCAUCAAUGACCCCGAGGCCGUGAAACAGGAAUUCGAAGGUUUCAAGUGUGGCACUAGGUACAUCCUCACCCUACAAGCGAGGUAUCUGGUGACCUACAGGUCCGUUUUCACGGGAGAACCCACCCAGUACACCUUCGAGAGUUCACCAAGUACCGUCAAGGUCUCCAUUGGAGAAAGUGACGAACUCACCACUGUGGCUUAUUAUACCCCUGAGGCCUCCUCAAGAGCACCUACAACGCCUUCGUCUGCACGCACGUCUUUCCAGACAAAAGUCACGGCCCAUCCUGGACUCCAUGACAAGGAAACCCGAAAGUCAGCCGAAGCCAUCACGUGGACGUCGCCAACACCAACACCAACUCCGAAGCAUACGUACCCAUCCGUAAACGACAUCAAAGGGCCUCAGUUUCUCCCUCGAAACUUCACGGCGGCUCUAGAUAAACAAAACUGUGAAGACAUGACUGCCAAGAAUCGCACGGCCAGCGUCCGUAUCUCUUGGGCUGCUCCCCAGAACAAGACCUUCAAAGUGAACAGCUAUGUCGUGCACGUGCGAGGCGUGAACGGCGAUCAAGACUACAUGGUUAUUAUAAACGGUAGCGAAGAGUCCAACGAGGUUACCGAGAACCUGGAAUGCGGCCAGCUCUACGUUUUUAACGUGCAAGCCCAGUACAAGAUUGAACGAAACUCCGCCGAGGGAAAGACAGACUUCGCCUACGUACGCACGCCGAAAGAAAUUGCCACACUGUACACCGACAAGAGGAGCGACAUCUACGCGCCGCGAGACUUGGAGGCGAAAGUUGUCUAUGCAUCCUGUGGUAAGGAGAGUUGGAUUAGAACCGCAAGCAUCAUGCUUCGGUGGACUCCGCCAGAGAACACGAGCGUUCCGGUGCACAGCUACAUCGCGAAUGCCAUCAACGUGGACGACGGCAGGACCGACAAGAACAUAAUUAUCAACGACCCGAAGGCCGUGAAGCAGGAAUUCGAAGGUUUCCACUGUGGCACUAGGUACAUCCUCACCCUACGAGCGAGGUAUCUGGUGACCAACACGUCCGCCAUCAAGGGAAAACUCACCCAGUACACCUUCGUGAGCUCACCAAGUACCGUCAAGUUCUCAAUUGGAGAAGGUGAUGAACUGACCACUGUGGCUUAUUAUACCCCGGAGGUCUCCUCAAGAGCACCUACAACGGCCCAUGUCACUGAUAGAGUUUCUUCUCCGCAUCCGGGUCGUGAAACAAGCGGACACUCCCACUCACAGGAGACGACCAGCCACGUGGGAGUCAGCAUCACAACCGAAACGUCCAAGUCCAACAGCACGGAUGUAUCGCGCGCUCCACACAAAGAUGAAAUUAGUUCAAAGCAAGCUGGAAUGUCGACUUCGAAGAUUCUUAUGAUGGUGCUGAUUCCUUUGGCUCUGAUUGCCCUCGGAGUAGCCGGCUUCUUUGCGUACAAGAAAGCUCAGCGAGGCAGAGAAUGGUCUCGCUAGAGCAGGCUAAUGCAGGCAGUGGAAAGUCCAGGCCAAAACAUGAGCAGGUACUUCACGAGUAUUGAAUAAGGAGAGGCCCCAAAUGCAAUAUAUUAUUUCAUGGUGCUGAAAUCACUUUCGCAGGAGAGGGAUCCUGAGCAACACUGAUGAUCAACAUUGAUGAGCAACACUGAUGAGCAACGUUGAUGAGCAACACCGACCUUAGAAUCUUCCAGCCUCUCAGCUGCGAGCAGGGGCGGAAGAUGAUGAAUAAAUCUGGCCGACAUCUCGUUUAAUAAAAUAUUUAACUGCUUCAGAUGUUAA